ACAGACACUUUGUGAAGCCCACAGUUUCCUGGUAAAUGACACUCGUGUCUCUAUUUCCAAACAUCAAUCAUCUCUCUCGACUUUAACGCCAUCUGACUAUUUUAAGGAAAAAUGCACCUGCUGGGAAUCGGUUUGGCUCUUCUGUUGAAUGUCGGAUGUGUUGCGGCACAAGCGGAAGGUGUGUGUUAUAUUCUGGAUGGGAUUCUGAUCGUCUAUGGCAUCGUGUUAACAGUCCUAUACUGCAGAUUAAGGAUGCGGCCAUCUAAUGCAAGUUGUCCAGAGAAACAAGGCGGAGGAAUCUAUGAGGGUUUGGGCCGUCAAGAUCAGGACCCUUAUCAAACCCUGCAUGAAGUGAAGAAGAAACCGCUGGCCUAAAACAAAACCAUGAGCCUUAACCCUGAACAAAAACUCUCACGCUACUCAUUUAUUCUGUAAAAUACAGCCACACAUUUUGCUUUCAAUUUUUACUGGUUGUAAUAAGCAAAACAAUCAGUAUAUUUUAUUGCUUUUGUGUGUUUAUAUAUUAGAUGUGUAUAUGUGUUUUUAUUUAGGAAAAAUUAUUUCUUACUAAUAGUUAAAAUGUUUAGGGGCAGUUUCCCUGACAGGGCUUAGUGCCAGACUAAUGCACGUUUGAUUAAACACAUCAUGCACUGACGUAUCUUUACAUAUAUCAGUGCCAUUAUUCUGUUUCAAGAUGUACACCAGUAUUUGUAAGGUUUGUAAAAACUACUUAAAUGUCCUAAUAUAACUAAUUAAUUUAGGAUUAAUUUAAACCCCCUAAUAAACCAAAUUAAAUAACUUAA